AUGAUUAUCUCACGAGGUGUUAGGUUAUUAAAAAAUUUAUCAUUUGUAUCAAAACAGCGUACACCGAUAAAUAAAAUGCAAGUUAGAAACUCUGGUGGCGAGUGUUUUUAUCGCCAAGUGCCAGAUGCGUCAAAAGCUGAAAUGAUUGCCGCUCAUACUGUUGGUGGAGUAACGUGGUGGUGGAUUCUGUGGCACUUAUGGCACGAUUGGGGACACAUUGUCGGUGAGUUUCCUUAUCCAGAGCCAACGGAAUGGACUGAUCAAGAACUGGGAAUCCCACCGGAUGAUUAUGAUUGA